AUGGUGGAUUUUGAGUUAUUGAGAAGGGAAAAAAGAAGGAAGAAGGUUUUGCGAAAGUUCUUCGAAUUGGAUGUUGUUCCAAACGAUCCCGAUUUCAAUACAGAAGGGUUGGCAGAUGGUUUUGAUGUGGAUAACUGUAGCUAUCCGUCUAGAGUAAUUAAAUCUACUUGGGGAGAUGAUUAUGACAUCGCUCUUUACAGUAGGCUUGGACUUCACUGCUACAAUUUUCAGAAGGGAACAAACUUCAAGUUUGUGCGCUGGGAAAAGUUUGAUGUUAAAUCUACUGCAGACGUCCACUUCUACGUAACUUUGGACGCCAAGGAUCCUGCCUCUGACUCGGUCUUCUCUUUUCAGACCUUAUUAUGCGAAGAUUCUUCUCCACACUGUCUCGUUAUGUGGAGUACCUUAGUCUGCAGAAUCAAAUGUGACGACGCUGUGGAUGAAGAUUGGGACGAUAAGGCAGUGCAAGAAUCAGAGUUGCAAGAGAAUGACUGGCUACAUCUAUUCACCGAAAUUGCGUUCUACUCAAAAACAAAGAAAGCGUUGACUGCUCCCCCACCCUUGGAGAUCGUGAAGGUGGUUGUAGUAACUAACACAGAAGAUGGCCAUGAGAAGCUGAAGGCCCAAAAUGCAAUCUUCUACAUAAGUUACAAGUAUAAUGAUGUGAUCUUCAGGAUCUCAACUCACCCUCAUGAUGCUGUUUUUGGUGUAAACUUUUGUUUAUUUUUAUCUUGCUUUGUUCAGUUCUUGCCAUUAAACGUACCAGAAAGAAACAGAGACAAAGCGCAGAAGCAGUAUAUAAACACAAAAGGUGUCUCUGAGAGUUGGAGUAAGAAAGAAGCAAUAAUGUGUUUGGAGUUUGUGUAUCACGAGGAGAAGACAGAGCUUGGUCGGCAACAAGCACCGGGUGUGUGUCCGUAUUGCGGCGGAAAAGUGGCGGCGGUAGAUAUUGAGACGAAGUGGUUGUUCUGUUUCUUGCCACUUUGUUUCAAGGUCAAACGCAAGUACUCUUGUUCCUCCUGUGAUCGUCGUCUCGUCUUGUAUUAUUGAAAGAAACAGAGCAAAUGAAGAGAUAAUAUAUUUAUUUUUAUUUAUUUGUUGGUUUUCCUACUCUCAAUGUUGAGGUUUUUGGAGAUCUUCCCUUGUAAUUUCUGAUUUGCUAUAAACACCCAUCUUGGUGGUGACAUUGGUUAAGUUCUUGUGGGUUUUAAUGUAAAUAAUUGCGUUGGUCUUGUUUCGCUUAUUACAUGAGUUCAAUUCAGUUUUGUCUAAAUAAUUUCUUUGUCAUUCUUAGCUAAAUUCCG